AUGGUCCCAAACAUCGAUGGGAAUGCGACCUGUUCCCGCCACCCUGGUGAACCCUCACCAAUAGCGUCGGUCCAGCUUUCCAGCACCAUGGCAUGGAUGCCACAGCCCGACGCGUCCGAGGUCCCUCCUCGGCCUCCAUUAAGUGUUCAACAGUCCAACUCCCUCCCCUCGACCCCUUACCAACAUGCGCGCAACCUCUCCUUUCACUCCCGGUCGCCGUCCCCCCGCCCGCGGAAGCACCUCUCCCCGUUCUACGCAUUCCGAGUCCACACAUUUGCCCCCCUCGGCGCGGAAACCCCUCGGGGGCUUCUAGGGGCGGAUAUACUGCCAGAAGAGAAGGACGGACUGAAAGCGAGCCUCGAUCCCGAAGAGGAGCGAAGGCUCACUGCGGAUAUUAUGGACCUCUACGAUCGGUUAUUACCUUCUGCCGAAAGCGAUGAUCGACGACGGCAACUGAUUCGGAAAUUGGAGAAACUGUUUAAUGAGCAAUGGCCUGGGCACGAGAUCAAGGCGAAUGUCUUUGGCUCGUCGGGGAACAAGCUCUGUUCGAGUGAUUCAGAUGUGGACAUUUGUAUUACGACGGAUUUCAAAGAUUUGGAACACGUGUGUCUACUGGCGGAAGUUCUCGCAAAGCACGGGAUGGAACGAGUUGUCUGUGUCUCCCACGCAAAGGUCCCAAUUGUGAAAAUCUGGGACCCGGAACUGAAGCUGGCUUGUGAUAUGAAUGUCAACAACACCCUCGCAUUAGAGAAUACCCGCAUGAUCCGGACCUAUGUCGAAGUGGAUGAACGAGUACGGCCAUUGGCCAUGUGUGUGAAGCACUGGACGAAAAGACGAAUCCUCAACGACGCGGCGCUCGGUGGUACAUUAAGUUCUUAUACUUGGAUUUGCCUCAUUAUCAACUUUUUGCAGACAAGGAAUCCGCCGAUCUUGCCGAGUCUGCAGGCUCGUCCGCAUAAGAAGAGAGCGACCCCGGAUGGAUUGGUGUAUUCGUUCGAUGACGAUCUUGAAACGUUGUCUCAAUUUGGUCGCAGGAACAAGCAGACCGUCGGCGAGCUAUUCUUCGAGUUCUUUCGGUAUUAUGGGCACGAAAUCAACUACGAGAAAAACGUUAUUUCGGUACGCGAGGGAAAGCUGGUCUCCAAAGAGGGCAAGGGAUGGCAUUUGUCGGUGAACAACCGGCUGUGCGUUGAGGAGCCAUUCAACACGUCGAGGAAUUUGGGCAACACGGCCGAUGAUACGUCAUUCCGCGGUUUGCACAUGGAGCUGCGGAGAGCCUUUAAGUACGCCUCCGAUGCUGAUCUGGCAGGCUGUUGCGCUGAGUUUGAAUUCCCGCCGGAAGAGGAACGGACAUGGGAGCGACCGCCACCACAACCAAGGCCAGUCAUCACGGCUUCGCUUCCAACCAGAGGGGGCCGUGGUGGUCGGGGUGGACGAUAUGGCAACCAGUACUCCAGAGGAGGAUUCGCUAAUGGUGGUCGUCGAACAUCCAACACGGGGACCAAAUCUGCCUUCCGGCAAGGCAAUGCGGCAAGCGCCUCCGAUCUCUCUCUGCAGGCUCAACAACAAGCUCAAUUUCUGCUGCACGAUCAGCUUUAUCAGCAAAUUCAGCUGCUCCAAGCACAGGAACAAGAGUUGCGCAUGCAGCUGCACAAUCAGGCAUUGAUCACCGGGCGGCCACCCCCGGUUUUCCUUCGCCAGCCUUUCAUCCAGUUCCCCAUGCCGCAGCAGCAGGAAUACACGGGUGACGAGCCAUCAAGGUCAAGUGCGGCCGGCGCCCAAGGCAGCACCACAAAUCCGCCAUCCCCAUCCGCAACCAAUGCUCACCCUGAUCUUCGCCGAAACCCUCGACGCUCUUCAGUUGUAAACGGCUCACCAAAGGCAAAUCUCCGAGCUCAGUCUCAGCCUGCUCGACCUCUGAACUCCCCCUCCCUCCCGACGUUCAGUCCCUAUUCGAUCAUGCAACCACUGGAUACCUCGUUUACCUCGAGACAGCAACCGAUUCCCGAACCAUCGGAUGGCGGCGAGGGUAGUGGAGACGAGAAUGCAAUGCCAUCCAACAGCCUUCCCAGCAACGGCUCACGCUCCGAUUCCGUGGACGAAAGCCGGGCUCAGGAUAUGAUGGGUUACUACAUAACCCCGCAGCAACUGCAACUCUAUCAGCAGAACGCAAUGUUGCCUCCUUUAUCCACGCCUAUGGGUCUCGCUCUGCCAAAUGGCUAUACGUCUUUCCUCCCUGUGCAACAGGACUACCGUUCCGGGUCGUUCUCAUCGGAAGGCUUGAGUGCGCGACAUGACCAAACGCCUACACCUGCGCCUAGGGCUUCUGGGUCAGGACAGCAACGCUCAACUUCGCGACCAGCACCGGCGAUGGAUCGGGGUCCCUUGAUCGUCGAUGGCUCGGUGCCGCCGAGUGAGCCUCGCCCACAGUAUCCGAUGGAUCUGAUCGAUCCGUAUACUGCCGUCACGCACUACACGUCAACUUCGGAUGACCACAACGCCAAUACGCCUGCAAGCUUUUCCGAUUCCCUGUCGCAGGAUUUCCAAGAUCCCGGUCCCUUCGAGAUGGACCCACCAUCGGUCUUUACACGGGUUCCAUUUGAAGCACCGAAGACGGGUAAUGUCAAUGGUCAUGAUGUUUCCUCGGAGAAGACGAACGGGCAACCAGAGUUACUCGCCAGCCGUCUGCAAAACCUUCAUCUGUCGAAUGCUGAAAAAUUGGCCCAGUCGCAUACAACGGCCAAGGCGAAUCCAGAUCGACAGAAGAAUGGCACUUUGCAUCAUGGGCCAGGCAAAGAUGGCGCACAGGCGAAGAACUCGACAUCUUCGGGUGACAAGGUUUCUUCCGGUACGAGUCAGAGCAACGAAGCACGUCAACAGGUAUCCAAUUCGAAGCGUGGGCGAUCAAAUGGAGUGGACUCAUCCGAGAAGGUCAAUGGUGUCAACCACGGAAAUGGGAAUGGGAAUGGUCAUGGUCAUGUUAACGGUCACGCCCAUGGCCACAACCAUAAGCCCAAGGCAAAGGGGCGACAAGACGCAGCGAAUAACGCCUCCAAUCCAACGGGGGAUUCCAAGGACCGGAACAAUGAACACGUUCCUCGCAAGCCUGGUGGCCAAGUCAAUGGCACCAACGACGUCAAUCAAAGUGGAUGGCAGACCACUGGGAAGAAGAAGCAUCGCAGGAAUGCCAAAUCGUCCGCUGCUGAGCCCCGCAACGGUGUCAAUGGUGGUCCCGAGCCCUUACCCGCAGACGAGUCACUUCGGAAAGGCGGCUGA